AUGACGCAAAAGAUUAUUACAAUUCUGGGCAUUACAGGCAGCCAAGGUGCCUCUGUCGCCGACGUCUUCCUUAAAGAGGAAGGCUGGCAUAUCCGGGGUGUCACUCGCGAUCCAACCAAGCCGUCGAGCCAAGCUUGGGUAGACAAAGGAGUCGAGCUUGUCAAAGCCGACAUCAAUGACAUUGCCACCUUGAAGUUGGCCUUUGCCGGAUCGAACGUGGUAUUUGGCGUCACUGAUUUCUGGGGAGUCGUGUACGACCCAAGAACACGCGACCUGGCUGCUUCAACUAACCGAACCGAGACUGAGGUCGCCUACGAAGUUGAAAAGCAGCAGGGUCGCAACAUCAUAGACGCUGCAUAUGCUACCAUCGAGACCUUGGACCGACUUGUCUUCUCAACCCUUUCGCAUACGCGAAAAUGGAGUAAUGGUAAGUAUACCCACAAUCUCCACUUCGACGCGAAGUGGGAGGGAGUGGAGUAUCUCAAGGCGACUUAUCCAACACUGGAUAAGAAGACUUCAUAUCUGCAGGUUGGUCUAUAUGCUACGAACUGGAAGAAGGGUUUGAGUUUUGCCCGCCCGGCGAAGCAACCUGACGGCACGUUUCUACUGAGCCUUCCCACAGACGGAGAUGCGCUUGUCCCGCUUGUCGAUGCGCGACAGGACACAGGCAAAUUUGCCAAGGCGCUCGUCCAGGUUGAACCGGGCAAGAACCUGCUCGGUUAUGGCAGCUUGAUUAGCUGGAACGAAUUUGCCGCCUUGUGGGGAAAGAUCCAUGGGUUGACGUGCCGCUACGAGCGUUUAGAUCGCAAAGUCUUGGAACACGCCGUUCCUGGUUGUAUCGGAGAGGAACUGGCGGAUAUGUUCGAGUACAUUGGAGAGUUUGGCUAUGAUGGUGGUGAUCCAAGCGUUAUUCAUCCAGACCAGCUGGGUGUCCAUGUUCCAGUAUACACUAUGGAAGAUUAUAUCAGGGGAGAAGAGUGGCCAGAGGUGUGA